AUGAUAAACCCCACGAAACUCAUCAGAACUUCAGGAGUACUAAAGCAUAAACGAAUCACACUCCCAAGAGCCGCUAACCCCACAACCAGAGGCAUUAAUAAGGGUCACUUUGCCGUGUACACAUGUGAUGAAAUACGGUUUGUGUUGCCUUUGAGUUAUCUAAAGAACGACAUAUUUCAAGAGCUCUUAAAGGUGGCUGAGGAUGAGUAUGGGCUGCAGACAGAUGGACCAAUCAGGCUCCCAUUCGAAGCCACAUUUAUAAAGUACACGAUAUUUUUGAUAGAAAGGUUUGUGUGUAAUGGUAUUGCGAAAGCACUUCUCAUGUCUAUAAUUACGCCAGAAAAGUGGUUUUUGAGUUCGAACAUUCAACUAGAACAUAGUGAAUCCCAAGUGCCAGUUUCUAGCUUUUGA